AUGGGGAUGCAGGUCAACCCUUUGAUGCUGGCGCAACCGGCAGCCGAGGAAGAUGUGGAGGAAGACGAUGGCAUGGGUGUUGCAGAAACCUACGCAGACUACAUGCCUUCAAAGUUGAAGGUUGGCAUCAAGCAUCCAGACCAGGUGGUGGAGACAGCAUCAAUGUCCUCAGUAGAACCUCCUGACGUUUGGUACAAAAUGGAUAUUCCUGAUACAACUAUUGACACAGGCAAACUGUCGGCCCUGCAGUUGGAGAGUAUCACGUAUGCCUCUCAGCAACAUGAGCACUUCCUACCAGAUGGGACACGUUCUGGCUUUCUCAUUGGUGAUGGUGCUGGUGUGGGCAAAGGCCGUACUAUUGCAGGGAUAAUCUAUGAGAACUACCUUAAGGGGCGAAAGAAGUCCAUAUGGGUGUCGGUGUCAAAUGACUUAAAGUACGAUGCUGAACGGGACUUGAAGGACAUUGGUGCGGGCCACAUCCAGGUUCACUUCCUCAGCAAAAUGAAAUAUGGAAAAAUCAACUCUGACCUCAAUGGUAAUGUAAAGAAGGGCGUCCUCUUUGCCACCUAUUCAGCCUUGAUUGGAGAGUCUUCAAGUGGCCAAGGGAAAUACAAGAGCCGUUUAAAGCAGAUUCUGAACUGGUGUGGCGACGAUUUUGAUGGUGUUAUUGUGUUUGAUGAAUGCCAUCGUGCCAAGAACCUCUGCCCGGUGGGCUCUGGAAAGCCAACCAAGACAGGUUUAACUGUCUUAGAACUCCAGAACAGAUUACCCAAAGCACGUGUGGUGUAUGCAUCUGCCACUGGAGCAUCUGAACCAAAGAAUAUGGCAUACAUGGUCCGUGUUGGAAUCUGGGGCAAGGGCACACCCUUCCCCGAAUUCACAGAUUUCAUUAGUGCUGUUGAAAAGAGGGGUGUUGGUGCUAUGGAGAUUGUGGCCAUGGACAUGAAACUCCGUGGCAUGUACAUUGCCCGACAACUAAGCUUCCAUGGAGUAUCCUUCAGAAUAGAAGAAGUUCCUUUGGAUGAAGAUAUCAAGCUUGUGUAUGAUGACUCUGUCAAAUUGUGGGUGGAUGCCCGUCAGAAGUUCCAGGAGGCGUCAGAGCUGAUCAAUGCAGAGAAGGGGAUGAAGAAAUCCAUGUGGGGUCAGUUCUGGUCUUCACAUCAGCGUUUCUUCAAGUAUUUGUGCAUUGCUGCAAAGGUGGACCAUGCAGUGCGACUUGCUCGUGAGGCUGUCAAAACAAACAGAUGUGUAGUCAUUGGCUUACAGUCGACUGGAGAAGCAAGAACUAUAGAACAAUUGGAAAAAGAUGAUGGGGAACUCUCAGAUUUUGUUUCAACUGCAAGAGGAGUCCUGGAGUCUUUAGUGGAGAAACACUUCCCAGCACCUGACCGCAAUCGCAUCAACAAGAUCCUUGGAAUCUCAGAAACCAGUAAAGAAUUCAAGGAUAUUAUUAAUGAAGUCACAGGGAAGACUUCAAAAAGGAAACCAGUGCGGCAAGCGGCACAGAGAGCAGCAAAAAGAAGGUACAAGGACAUCCACUCUGAUAAUGAAGAAGACUCUGACUUUGAGAUGUCAGUGCCUACUCAUCAGAUCAGUCCUCUGACUUCUCUGACAUAAGUGACUUUGAUGAUGAAGACAGUUGGGGCCGCCCGAAGAAGAGAGGGAAAGCCAAGAACCACAAACAGAAGAACGGCAAGGGACGGGCAGAAAAUGGAGCCAAACUCCCGCCUCCCCCCAAGGACCAUGUGGAAAGAGCUCAGAAGAUGAAGGCAGAACUCCUUAAGAAUAUAACCAACCUUGGCAGAAAGCUGCCUCCAAAUACGUUAGACCAGCUUAUUGAUGAGCUUGGGGGGCCAGAAAAUGUGGCAGAGAUGACGGGGCGCAAGGGGCGUGUAGUACAAAGUGACGACGGGCAGGUCAUGUAUGAGUCCAGAUCUGAAGCGGAUAUUCCACUGGAGAUUCUAAAUAUCAAGGAAAAAGAGAGGUUCAUGAAUUCAGAAAAAGAUAUAGCUAUCAUCUCAGAGGCUGCUAGCUCAGGUAUUUCACUUCAGAGUGAUCGCAGAGUGAAAAACCAGAGAAGAAGAGUUCACAUAACACUUGAACUUCCUUGGUCGGCAGACAGAGCUAUUCAACAGUUUGGUCGAACACACAGAAGUAACCAAGUAAAUGCACCAGAAUAUAUUUUCUUAAUAUCUGAACUUGCUGGAGAACGCCGAUUUGCCUCCAUUGUUGCAAAGAGAUUAGAGAGCUUGGGAGCCUUAACACAUGGAGAUCGAAGAGCCACAGAAUCACGUGAUCUCUCCUCCUUUAAUAUUGACAACAAAUAUGGCCGCAUGGCACUGGAGUCAGCCAUGAAGACCAUGAUGGGCUAUGAGCACCCUAUUGUCCCACCUCCCGAGGACUACAAGGGAGACUUCUUUGCAGAUAUACAGAAUGCUCUUGUCGGAGUGGGUAUGAUCCUAAGAGAAGACAGCAUUUAUCAGCUGGAUAAGGACUAUAACAAUUUGAGUAAAUUCCUCAAUAGGAUAUUGGGAAUGCCAGUAGAGCUACAAAAUAGGUUAUUCAAAUAUUUCACAGAUACAUUAGCUGCAAUUAUUAGUCAAGCCAAACGGACAGGCAAAUAUGAUAUGGGUAUCCUUGAUUUGGGGGUUGGUGGUGAGGGCUGCAGGAGAACGAAAACUAAAACAUGGAUAGGAAAGCAUGCUACAGGAACAGCAAAGACUGAGAUCCACACUGUGUUAGUGGAGCGUGGCAUGUCAUGGUCAGAAGUGCAGGAAAAAUGGGCAGAACUGAGCGGGGACUUGGAAGGAUUCUACCUCUCCCACCAGGUUCGAAAUAACAAGAAGACUGCUGUGCUUGCUGUAUUAGAACCCUCAGCCACUAAUAAGAAGCGUGAGAAGAAUUCCAGAAUGUUCAUACUUUACCGGCCCAACACAGGAAUGCAAAUGAAACAGGAGGCUUAUUCAGAGCUGAAGAAGAAGUACAAGAAGGUGACACCAGACGAGGCACAAGAACACUGGGAGGAGCAGUUCAAGGCAUCUAGUCACACCUGUUCACAUGCCUACUGGCAAGGUAACUGCCGGCGGGUGAACAGUGGACUGGAAUGCGAAAUAGGCUUGCGUCGACGCACUUACCACAUAUUGUGUGGAUUGGUGCUAAAUGUUUGGGCAAAAGUGGAAGAUGUUCUGGCCUCAGCACCACACAGUCACUCUUCUACUAAAAUGCAGGUUGUACGUCUGAAAACACACGAGGGAACAAAGCUUGUUGGGACCCUCAUUCCAAAUAACUUGGUUGAGAGGCUUUCUGCUGUCUUGGAAGAGGAUAGUACAGAAUCUUAUGAAGAGAACUUUACUGAUGAAGACAGUAAAGACAGCAAGGAUGAAAAAUAAUAGAAGUUUGAACUUAUGAGGACAAAUAUUGAUUUCUCAGUAAGGGAUGGUAGUAAAGGAAGACAGUAGUUGGUCUUCAAAGAAAGGAUGUUUAAGCUAAGUGCUGUAUGCAGAUGCAGAGUUUUUCUAUGGGUUUGCACGGAUUCAUCAUGUUUAGGAGAAAACAUUGAAUUUGUGCAUUCUGCAACUGCUUAUGAGCUUCUAAGCUGUUCCUUAUACUGAUCCUUUGGUAAUGUGGAAUGCACUGCAUUGACAAUAUAUUCAUAUCAGUGAUCAGUGUUAAAUGUUGAACAUGGUCAACCAAAGGAUUGCUAGGAGACGUCACAAGCGAUCAUACACAGGUGUAGAGCAGAGCAAUGUCUUUACUAAUGGAGUUAAUUGUAUAUGAAUUAACAUAGUUCAGGCCAGCAAUCCUCAUGCUGCAGGAGUUUAUACCUAGUGACAUUGGUAUAUAUUUUCUAAUGUGACCUUAGGCACUAAAGAGAUUGCUGUACUCUUCCCCCAAGAUAUUGUGCUUGAAGUCACUUCUUGAGUCAUCAAAGUGAGCUUAUGUAUAAUACUGCAGUGUUGAAAUUUGAGUUGCGGUUGGCCAGUUGGCAUAUGUAAGCAAAACUGCAAAGAGGAUGGCUGUUGUCCUUCAAUUUGUCAAGUGAUAUUUUCAGGUGUACUCCUUAGUGAAGGAGUCUUGGUGGCAAUUAAUGGGGAUAUAAGUAGUGUACCUGCUGUAAAGCCAAGAAACAUUUUAGGAAAUGCAGAGAUUCUGUAGUUAUCAAUAUAGUGGAAAACUGUAGAUUUUUCAUAGAUUUUGGCACCAGAUAAUUUGCAUUUUGUGUAUUUAAGUGUGCACAAAUUACUGUAUGUUGCCUUUCAAGAUUACAAUCUUGAACCAUAUGAUUCAUAUUCUAUCCUUUAGAUUUAUUUAGCCCUAUGAUCAUGUUGCACCAUGGUAGUGUCCUGAUCAACUGAUUGACAUACUUAUUAAUUGAACAAGGUCAUAUGAUUUACAGCUUCACGUAGCUCAGUUGAAGGCUAAAAAUUGAUGUACAUAUAAUUUUCUUUGUCAUACUAUAUUUAUUGUAUGAACAUGAAGCUGUUCCCUGAUUUAUAUUGGUAGAUUUGAUGUGUUGUGGAAGAAUGUACGUUGUAAAAUUUAUGUCUGUAAGAUAACCUUCAUAAUUUAGAUUUACACCAAUAGCAUUAUAGGGGUAUAGCUUUUCAGUACUAGUUUCUUCUAGAAAAUUUGCAUGUAGGAUUAAAAUUAAUUUCAUGAAAGUGAGGAUCAUUUAAUAGGUAGGCAUUAGCAGUUAGGUAAGAAGGAUAGAGGACAUGGGCAGCAGGUACUCCUAAUCAAUUUACAGGGCAUUUUCCAAAGUAUUGUACAACGUGAUCUCGUAUGACCUGAACACACAUUUAUGGCCAAAAUUCUGCAGUUUUGCAUGAGGUUAAAAUGUAUUUCAUUGACAUAAAUAUGACAGUAUUUUCCAGAAGAUGUAGUCUUUACUUUCAACCUUCAUAUUUCCUUCUUAGUAUGUGACUAUUCAGCAAUUUUAAAUAUUUGUUCAGCUUCAUGUAAGGCCACAGAGUUCAGGACAGUGUUUACGGUGCCGAUGGGCACAGUGUAGAUAGUACAAGUGGUUUCACAAAGCAGUCAUCAACAGGAGGGCACGAGGUCCAGUUCUGUUUUCUUUUAUUUUGUCUUUUUACAAGCAAAGUAAAUGGAUAUUUAUUUUAUUUAUUCAGUUUCCUCUUAUUAUACUUAAUAAUUUUCAUGGUAAGCUGCUAUAGCUGUGUUGUGCAUUAUUUAGGAAUAUAAUUUGAAUUGGAAAGGAAAACUAGAAUUGUAAAAAAAAACAAAAAUUAAGUGCAGGAUAUAUCUUUAUUUAGGAAACUUGGAAUGCCAGCAUCUUACAUGACAUAGAACCCUCCUGCUGAUGAUAGCAAUAUUUGGUGUUCUUCCAUGUGAGUCAUUGUGGUUAGGUCAGUCAUGCCAUUCAUACCAUACAGUAGUCACAUUUCUUCACCAAGUGGGUAUUUUAGAUCUAUUAAUUUUGUAUGCUUUUGCCUGUAUGUUGCCCCCUGCAAAGUAUUUUUUUCUCUGUCAGGAACAGAUUUUAAGUAUCUGAGUUAGCUGUAACAGAAGCAGUUGACUUCCAAGGUUAAUUGUUAUUGAUAUAAGAAUCAAGUACUGUGGUGUCAGGAACAAGCCAGCUAGUACUAGGAAUAGGUUUUUCUGUUAAGAUCUCAUUAAUAGGCACACACCUCCCCCUUCAACUCCAUUUUACAAUGCAUCAUGCUGUACAUUGUAUACGACAUGCCCUCAUCAGAAGUCUAAACAUCGGAAGCAUUUGGUUGACAGAGAAUUUUUAAAAUGUUAUUUUAAUAUUCUUUCUUUCUAUACUUUUUUUUUUUAGAGGAAAUUUAACCAUGGCCUUCUGUUAAACAGGUGUUCCCUUUCAACCAAAUGCAAAGAAAGGAAUAAAUAGUACCAAUUGUAGUACUGUACUUACAAUGUAUUGUACCAAACUGUUAAGGGAAUAUGUAGCAGUCAAUUAUACUUGGAUAUUUGUUUA